GCGAAGGAGGGAAGAGGAGGUGGGGAAAGACCUGGCUGAAAUGACACACAUGCACACGCACCCAGCAACAGCAUCUGCGAGUCCAUAAGACGCUGACAUUGAAAUUCCCUUGGCACCUCCUUGUCUUCUAGAGGCACAGAUGAAGGAAGGGUGAAAGGAGGCAAGAGGAAGCAGAAGGGAAUGGGAAGGCACAGUCUCUGUCACGAAGCAGGAGACCCUCUCAAAGGAUGGAAUGAAGUCAGGAUCAGAGCUGAGCUGAGCGACCAAAAAAUUAGCAAUAUAUAGAUGUCCUCUCCACAGAGUUACUCAACAAGAAUCCUGCUAAUGUCUGCUGUGAACAAAGACCAAGCUUAUAGGAGAACGUCAUAUCUCUUGUCCUGGCCCUUUUAUUUUAUUCAGAUCCUGUGGACAUUCUCAUUUACUCUCAUAUAUCUGGGUCAGCAUUUUAAAGAGAGAAACACCAUGAUUCUAAGCUGUCAGUUCUAUGGAAUUCUGUGGCUUUUUUGGUAGUUCCAAAGUAAGGAGCACUCUCAUAAACUGAACAAUGACUGCCUAUCUUCUUCCAAGACAAAAGAAGUCAUGGACUCCUAUGUGGCUUGUAUCCAGCCUUAGUUCCUCUUGACCUUUUCAAGAGAGCCUCCCCAACUCUUAUCUCCAGUUUAGCAACACACUUAUCAGGGGUAUGCUGACACAUGGAAAUGGAAUAUGGAGAGUUCUUAAAACUUCAUGUUUCAUUUAUGAAUGCUCAGUUCUAAUGACACAUCAGUGAUGAGACCUUUAAAAACAUCUCUAAUGUCCUUUCUAAUGGCACCUCUCCUCCUCCAGGAGAAAACCCUGUCAGUUCUAUAGAACUGCAAGUGGAUGUACCAGAACUGCAAAAUUUAUUUGACUCACUAUAUAUGUCUCGUGUGACAAAGAACAUCAGCAUCUUAUGUCUCCAAGAGAUAACACAAGGUAAAAAUAAGUUUUAAAAAGGAACAAAUAUUCUUUUAAUUCAAGCUGAAGAGAUUCGAGGAUCAACAAACACUGGGUAAAACCACCAACUUUAUUUGCAUAUGUUUCUUUUUGCCAUAUACUUUUGAUUUCUCCAUAGACCAAGGCAAGGUUCAUCAGACAUGUAUGUAUACUGUUAGAUUUUUCUUUUCUACUUGCCCUCCUACAGGGGAAAAAAGAUAUCCAGGCAGCUAAAUUAACUACUAAAGGUCAUCAGCUUCUGGCCCAACUAGAGCUCUUUUAUGGUACAUACUUCUAUAAGUGCCUCAAUAUUAGGUUCAUUGUCCCACCUUCCUCCCAGCCAGAUUGUAGCAGCCUUCAUAUUUAAUUUGCAUAUUUCUGUCUCCACCCACUGCUCUCCCUUCUAGAUUGGCCUUUCCUCUGCCAUGUAGCUUUUAGCUUGCCAAAAUGAGUGCAGACUACGUCCAACUGGGAGGAGAGCAGUUUGUACCCCAUGGCUACCCUUCCGUGAUAUUCAGCCCUUUCCUUGUAGCAGUGGUGGUGGUCUUUGCUAGUGCUGUCACUGGCUGUCCAGUCCUGUGCACAUGUCGCAGCCAGGUUGUGGAUUGCAGUGGGCUUCGACUCUUUUCAGUGCCACCUGAUCUUCCGUUGGACACUCGAAACUUAAGUCUGGCUCACAACCGCCUCACAACUAUCCCUCCUGGAUACCUUACCUGUUAUACCGAGCUGAGGAUGUUGGACUUGCGGAACAACUCCCUUGUUGAAUUACCUGUUGGACUCUUUUUGACCUCCAAGCGCCUGUCCCACCUGGACUUGAGCUACAACAACUUGACUCACUUGGUGGCCGAUAUGUUCCAGGAGGCCUACAAUCUGGUGCAUAUUGACUUGAGCCACAAUCCCUGGCUCAGGAAGGUACACCCCCAGGCUUUCCGGGGCUUGGUCCAACUACGUGACCUUGAUCUCAGCUAUGGGGGCCUGUCUUUCCUUAGCCUUGAAGCCCUGGAGGGUCUCACAGGCUUGGUGACUCUUCAGAUUGGAGGCAAUCCCUGGGUGUGCGGUUGCACCAUGGAGCCACUGCUGAAGUGGCUGAGAAAUAGGAUCCAACGGUGCAUGUCAGAUACACAGCUGGCAGAAUGCCGGGAACCACCUGAAGUGGAAGGAGCCCCUUUGUUUUCCCUGACGGAGGAGAGCUUCAAGGCCUGCCACCUGACCCUGACACUGGAUGAUUAUCUCUUCAUUGCCUUUGUGGGUUUUGUAGUUUCCAUUGCUUCAGUUGCCACCAACUUUCUUCUAGGCAUCACGGCCAACUGUUGCCACCGUUGGAGCAAGGCAAACGAGGAUGAGGAGAUGUAGCCACAUGGCCUGAUCCUUGCAGCUCCUGCAUUGCUUACUGCCAGGGGGAUGUUGAGGGCUAUCAUGUUCAGGGGAAGCAAAAGGACUUGUCUUUUCCCUGCUCUGCCAUUUUUUUGAGACUUCCUUCUCACCAGCUCCUGGACAAGAGCACUGGACCAGACCGCCAAUGACCAGUCUUUCUUACUGGAGACAGGGGACAGGGCCAGCAAGAGUAGAGAGAUUGAAGUGUGCCUUGUACAAUCCUUUUCACACUGGAAACACCCAGUGAGCCAUGUCUAAAAAAUGACAGGAAAGCUUUGAUAAGACAGUCAAGCCAUUCUUCAUCCUUUGCUCUGACAUGCACAGCAGUGUACAUGUACAUAUACACACAUUGUACUCACACAUACUUUUUGCACCCUUUUCAGUCCAAGCAUUGAGUUCACAGCCAUAGCAUCAAAAACAUUCAUAUCUACUCUUGUUUUCAUGUCAUAUUCAACUACUGAUUGAUGUCAUGGAAAAAAUCAACGGCUUUUCCCAUUAGAGGAUCUGAAGCUUUCUUUCUAAGCAUCCCAUCCCAUUAUUGCAUAGUUCUGAUAGCUGUCCUUCUCCAGGUUGGAAGAAUUGUAUUUCAAACCAUUCCAACAAAUGCCAGUGGCCAUGCUUUCAAUUUAUUUCUAUAUACAACGCUUUCAUUAUUAGGCUUCCCAAGAUAAUUUUAAAAGCAAAAAAGGGCCAGAUAAACCCAUAUUUAAAGCUAUUAUUCAUCACUAUUGCUACAAUUUGCACAAGUGUUUGCUGGGUCUACAAGUGGCCUUUUACAAGCCAGCUGUUGCUUUAGGUGGCUAAUGGUUAAAGGGUUUCUGACUUGGGAAGAAACCCCUAUACAGUAUAUGUAUAGGUUGCACAUGAAAAUGAAGGAAAACCUUACAAUAAAGACUCAUCACAUCCCAGUGUGUCAUUCAGAAAGGAAGGGGCAGCAUGUGAUUUAACAAAGUUGGGAUGGCAAGUACAAUACUGUACUGAGGACAGACUGGAAGUGACUGUAGAUCAGGGUAGGUGAGACUAAAAAACUUGAAUUGAAUCAGCACAUUCAAGGCUUAGCCACAGAGGCAAAAAAAAAUAAAAUAAAAAAAAGACUACAAAGAAAACAAAAGCUGCAAUGUAACAACUUGCCUGAGAAAGAUUUUUAAGAGAAUAAAGUUAUAAAUGGUUAAAAUUGGGUAUUUUAAUAAUUUAUAACUUUAUUCUCUUAAAAUCCUUUCUCAGGCAAGUUUUGAAUUCUUCAUAGUAUCUGCAACUUUGAUUUUCUUCAAGUCUUUUUUGUAAACAUGUACACACAUUUUGAGGUUGUAUCAGUUUUAUACCCAUUUAAUUGUCAUCGUUUACCCCCAAAAAAUCUUAGGAAUUGUAGUUUGGCCCAAAUGUUCCAAAUUUCUUCUAUCAGAGAUCCCUAGCUCCAGAACAAAUAAGGAGUAAACCAAGCCAGUAGUGUAGAUAAUAGGUCCUUUGAGCAUUUCAGGGUUCUUUUGGCUUUGCUCAAAGCUCUGGCAGCAGGUGGUGCUACAAGUCAGGACUGAAAGCACCAAGGCAUGGCAUAAGAUUAGAAGGCAACAUCAAGUCUAGUUAUAGGAGAGAUGGUUUUCCCUUGAUCACAAACCACUGAAGUGAAGAAAGUUUGCAGGGAAGACUCUGGCAUUUAUUUCUGAUUCUUAACCCCCUUUGCUAUCCCAAGCCAUUUCAUAUUCUCCCACACCCAACAUAAGAACAUUUUGUUUAC